AUGACCUCCCAAACCACCGAUACUACCAAGGACAAUGCCACGAGACCAGAGUCCCAGUCCGCCUCCUCUCCCUCCCGUACCGCCGAACUCGCCAGUACAAAGAAGAAACUGCACGCAGCUCUUCGAAACUUCCCCGAUUUUCCUAUAAAAGGAAUUGAUUUCGUCGACAUCCUCCCCCUCUUCGCCGACUUCGAAGUCCAUACGCAACUCAUCCGCGCCCUCGAGCUCGAGGUCCUGCAAUUCAGCAAUGGUGUCAAGCCAGACGUCGUAGUCGGCCUCGACGCGCGAGGCUUCCUCUUCGGACCCAGUCUCGCCCUGCGCCUCGGAGCUGGUUUCGCACCUGUUCGAAAGCGUGGAAAGCUACCUGGUCCUACAUCCGAGGCUUCGUUCGAGAAGGAAUACGGGCAGGAUUUCUUCCAGAUCCAGGCGGAUGCUAUCAAGAAGGGGCAGAAGGUGUUGGUGGUUGACGAUAUCAUUGCUACUGGAGGAUCUGCCGCCGCAGCCGGUCAACUCGUCCAGCAACUCGGUGGCGACCUUAUCGGAUUCCUCUUCAUCCUCGAACUCGACUUCCUCAAGGGCCACGACAAGCUCCCCGCACCAGUCGUGACCCUCCUCUCGGACGACACGAAAUAA